AUGGGCAAAACCGAACCGAAAGCUGAUCAAGAAGAAGAGGCCAAACCGAGCACACCGGAAUCGGAUCAAGGCAAAGAAAAUCGAGCAAAAAAAGAGAAAAAGGAUAGACCGAAGAAGAAACCGGUCAAAAGUGAAGACCUAGCGACGGACACAAACCAACCGGAUGACUCCGUUGAAGGAACGCCAAAAAAGCCUACCAAGAAACGUGCAAAAUCAGCGGAAUCGAAGUCGAAAAAGCACAAGGCCAAAACCGAUCCAAAAGCUCCGGAUACCUCGGAAACUCGUUUGCCCACACAAAACUCCGAGGAUUUGGCAAACAAUUCGGUAUCAGUAGUCGAACCCACGGGAACUCCCGCCGGAUCCGUAAUACACAUUUCCGCCGGGGUGGCCAGCGCGGCCAGUUGUCCGGGUUCAAUGAUUUCGCUCAGUAGCUUGUCAGCACGGGAUACGGGGGAGAUUGUCUUCAUUGAUGAACUGGAUGCGAUUUAUCGUUGUAUUAUUUGUGGUCAUCCACUUCGUGUGCCAAUCCUGUUCCAGGAUUGCGGUCAUCAUUGUUGCUCGGGGUGUUUGCCAAAUAUUUUACGUGGAUCAUCCCGAUGCCCGUCGGACAACACAUACCUCAAACAGGACCAUAUUCGGAUGGAUAAAGAUUUCCAGUUACAAAUGGACAAUUUGGCCGUUCGUUGUACCUAUUGCGCCAGGGGAUGCUCGUGGACGGGUAAACUGGCUCAGCUGGGUAGCCAUCUGAGCCACUGUGGUUUUCGCGUGAUUGUCUGCCCGAAUGGAUGUGGUGUGGAAUUUGAGGUGAGUAUUUAG